GAUUAAAAUCGGAAAUACUACUAGACAACAGAAAUUACCCAAAUUGUUAUCGAAUUGUGAGCUGAGUAAAUAAGGUCGAAACAGUAAGCAUUCGGCCUUUGGUUAUACUUUAUGAAUAUAUUGCAACUUACACUGUAGGGAUGUGUGAAGGAGUGAUAUCAAUCACACAUGUAGCAUGGACGUCGCGAUUCCAAAUUGUAUCACAGUUUUAUACUGCAAUACAGCAUGUACUCUUCGCUUUGCUGUUGCUGACGUUACAUUAUCUAAAAGUCGAAUGCUUGCAUUUAUUACAGCUAGUAAUAUAUUCAUUGAUGAAGCAGAUUUUCACCUUUUCAUCUUCAUCAUCAAUAGGCAAUGCAUGUGUGGCUUGCUUACAGGAUGGGCACGUAACCAUUUUCGUUGUUUUAUUAUCAGCUUUGACUUCUUGGAGAGCUUCUUUUUUUUUAACCUUUUUUGACUACACUGGCUUGAACGAAGAAGCACUCGAAGAAUCAUU